AUGGCUCACUGCCUUUUGAUCGCCGGCCUCGUCGGCGCCCUCGGCGCUUCUGGCCUGGCCCCCGAGGGCGACCUCCAGCUGAUGCAGACGUGGAGCUCUGGCCAGCCGCCGCGGUCGCUGGCGAGAGAUGGCCCACGGUCGGUUCGCCCUGCUGUCUACCCCCCUUCCUUCCCGAUCGAUCUGCGGGACGAGGCAGACCCAAGAGCUGCGACGACGACGAUCGUUAUCUUCUCGGUGGGCGAGUUUGCCGUCGGCUCAGGGCCGUUCGCCGGCGCGACCGUCUGCACCCGGCCCACGGCCGAUCCCGACCCUCGCACGAAGCGCCCGUGGAAGCUGCUGCUGGAGAGCGACGCUACGGACGCGGAGCUGAAGGUGAUCAGCGCGGAGUUCACGAACGGGCUGCAGACAUAUCCAGAUAAGGGCCAGGUCCCGCUUGUGUUUGGGAACAUGACAGAAGACGGCCUCAGGGCUUUACUGAACAGGUACCCUGGCCGUGUGAAGUCUGUCCAAGAAGACGAGUUCGUGAAAAUGGUCGACGACCCCGAACCCAACGACGGACAAUCGGAGCGGCGGACGUACCCAUGGGGUAUCCAGUACGUCCAAGCUGACGCGGUCCGGGGGCGGGGCGUGGGGGUGAGCGUGUAUGUCCUGGAUACCGGCAUUCGCAUAACCCACAACGAGUUCGGCGGCCGGGCCUUCGCUGGAGUCGACUUGACAACCCCAGAAACGUAUCCCGGCACUCUCACAACGUGUUCGCCCACGAGCACAACGUGCGCUAACGACGUACACGGACACGGCAGCCACUGCGCAGGCACAGUGGGGUCCUCGUCAUAUGGCGUCGCGGAUGGCGCGACUAUUUGGUCGAUGAAAGUCCUGAAUAAUGCUGGCUCCGGCUGGACAACGUGGAUGGUUAUGGCCGAGCAGUGGAUUCUGGCGUCAGGAAACAGGCCAGCAGUGGUAAGCUCCAGUAUCCAGGUCGGGCCCAACUGGAACGACGCUCCGUGGCUGGCGUCGACCGAUGCUCUGGUAGCCGAUGGCGUCACCGUGGUUGUGGCUGCGGGGAACUCAAACCAAGACGCGUGCACCUGGAUACGAUAG